GAAUAGAAUAUGUAAAAUGUACUGUCUGAUUGAUACAAAGGUAGGUUCAUAUCAUGCCUAUUUUUAUCUGUUGUUUGUUAUACUGACGUAGAGGCAGCCCUGAACAUCACACGUAACCACAUACUGCACAGGUUGAUGAAUGUUUAGCCACAUACACACAGAGACCAACAGGCCUGCAGACAGAGGAAGGCAACGUGAGCAAAGACUCGUAACAAAACUCAAGUCCCACACAACUCAAACUACAGUGCACUGAGUGAAAAGACCAGAACAGCAGGGUGAAACUGCCACCUAUGCCAAAGUGACCAAAACAAAGAAGGAGAAAGAAAAACAGGACCCUGUGUACAGUCUGCUGAACAGAGAGGACACCGUGAUACUGUAGUAUACUGUAGUGCUAUACUGUAGUGCUAUAUAGUAGGGCUAUACAGUAGGGCUAUAUAGUAGGGCUAUACUGUGGUACUAUAUAGUAGGGCUAUACUGUAGUGGUAUAUAGUAGGGCUAUACAGUAGUGCUAUAUAGUAGUGCUAUAUACUGUAGUGCCUUACAGUAGUGCUACACUGUAGUGCUAUACAGUAGUGCUAUAUAGUAGUGCUAUAUAGUAGUGCCUUACAGUAGUGCUAUACAGUAGUGCUAUACUGUAGUGCUAUAUGGUAGGGCUAUACUGUAGUGGUAUACAGUAGUGCUAUAUAGUAGUGCCUUACAGUAGUGCUAUACAGUAGUGCUAUACUGUAGUACUAUACAGUAGCGCCUUAUAGUUGUGCUAUACAGUAAUGCUGUACUGUAGUGCUAUACUGUAGCACUAUACUGUAGUGCUAUACUGUAGUGCUAUAUAGUAGGGCUAUAUAGUAGGGCUAUAUAGUAGGGCUAUACAGUAGGGCUAUACUGUAGUGCUAUACUGUAGCACUAUACUGUAGUGCUAUACUGUAGUGCUAUAUAGUAGGGCUAUAUAGUAGGGCUAUAUAGUAGGGCUAUACUGUAGUGCUAUACUCUAGUGCUAUAUAGUAGGGCUAUACAGUAGUGGUAUAUAGUAGGGCUAUACUGUAGUGGUAUACAGUAGUGCUAUACAGUAGUGCCUUAUAGUUGUGCUAUACAGUAAUGCUGUACAGUAGUGCUAUACUGUAGUGCUAUAUAGUAGGGCUAUAUAGUAGGGCUAUAUAGUAGUGCUGUACAGUAGGGCUAUAUAGUAGGGCUAUACUGUAGUGGUAUAUAGUAGGGCUAUACUGUAGUGCUAUACUUUAGUGCUAUAUAGUAGGGCUAUACAGUAGUGCUAUAUAGUAGGGCUAUACUGUAGUGGUAUAUAGUAGGGCUAUACUGUAGUGGUAUAUAGUAGGGCUAUACUGUAGUGGUAUACAGUAGUGCUAUACAGUAGUGCCUUAUAGUUGUGCUAUACAGUAAUGCUGUACAGUAGUGCUAUACUGUAGUGCUAUAUAGUAGUGCUAUAUAGUAGGGCUAUAUAGUAGGGCUAUAUAGUAGUGCUGUACAGUAAGGCUAUACAGUAGUGCUAUAUAGUAGGGCUAUACAGUAGUACUAUAUAGUAGGGCUAUACUGUAGUGGUAUAUAGUAGGGCUAUACUGUAGUGCUAUACUUUAGUGCUAUAUAGUAGGGCUAUACUGUAGUGCUAUACAGUAGUGCUAUACUGUAGUGCUAUACAGUAGUGCCUUAUAGUUGUGCUAUACAGUAAUGCUGUACAGUACUGAUAUACUGUAGUGCUAUACAGUAGUAUAUGACAUGUGAAUAGACUCUGGGGAUAUUAAUACUGUACACCUAGGUGUAUGCCAAGAUGUGUUUUUUAAAUACUGAUUUGGUUUUGAACUUCAUUUGAUGCAGUCUGCGGUCUGGGUGCUAUCUUUGAGCCUAGCAAAGAUGUAGAUGACAUUAUUUGACCUUUUAUUCAAUAAAAACAAACCAAGCUUGAAUAAAAGCAAUAUUAAUUCAAACAAAGAGUUAGCCAAUUUUUUCCAAAGGUUUGUUAUGCCAACAUGAAAAUAUGAACUUAGACACACAAAUGAAUAAUAAGACAAGACCGAGACAUACAUAGAGAAAGAGAUGUGGACAAAGGAGAAUAUGUGGCAGGCUAAUGUGGUUACAGUGUUUCUAUAGAAAGCUCAGUCUAAUGGGAGAGGGAGACAGAGCUUAGUAAUAGACAAGUCGCCAUCAUCAUGUCUCCCAACAGAGGGGGAGAGGGGAGGAGGAGGAGAGAAGAGGGAAAGAGUGGGAGGCUGGCUGCACCAUACAGUAUUACCACUUCUCCACACACACCAUGACCCAUGGGCUAGGCAGAAGAGAUUUUUUUGCUGUCACUCUCACAAGGCGUCGUUAUCAUAGACCCGUGUCUCACACCAGAUAGCGUCACUCCUACACAACGCUCGUCCCUCAACCCAUCAGUGCAGACGGCUGUCCCGCUAUCUGACGUGAGACAAUGCAUCAUAGACAUGAUGGAGUUGUGUAGUAUCAGGGGUAUGGAUGCUGUUUAUUAGAGAAGCUCUCAACACACACAUACAGAUACACACAUGCUCCUCCACCCCUAUUAACCCUGCCAUUAAACCUGGAGCAACAGUCUGAAGUUACCUUAGACGUACGGCGGAGGCAGACUCGCUGCUAGCCACUGUCUGUGGGGAGAGAACGAGAGAGAACAACAUCAGUGUGCUGGAUCUAUGUAGGUAGAGCUGCUAGGGCAGGGCUUGCAGUGUAGACACUUGGCUGUGGAUAGGCUACAGGCAGUGUGCUGCUGGGGAAGAUACCUGGUAGUAAUUAGUGGUCAGACUCUUCUGGGAGAGAGAGGAGAGAGAGGGGGGCUGGCUUUCUGGAGGAGGUUGAGGAGGAGGAAAAGGAGGAGAGAGAGGAGAGAGCGUGCUACCGUUCAUUUAGAGGCAGCAGCAAGAGACUGAAGCAUCGUCUGUCUGAGCUGAGGCAGGGCUGCAUGGAAUGGAGGAAUACUAGAGAGCAGCGCUGCUUGUCUGUCUGUCGACACACUCUGUCUGGACUCUCACGCUGCGUUCAGGAUAGAUUGUGUGUUGAGUGGAUGAUAGGAAUAGAGGAUGCAGGUCUGAUAUGCACAGUAUGUCUGUUUGUGAUCACAUGUGAAUAGGUUUGUGUGUGUUCACUACAUCCAAGCAGACUCCAGUUGUGUUGUAGUCAUGGCUGCCUGAGGGACUGCUCCCUGGCUGUGUGGAUCUGGAGCCCCCUCUGAUAUCAUGCUGAGAGUUGGGCCAGCGUCCACUACUCUAAUCCUGCUGCUGUCAUACUGCUGCUGCCACCUGUGUCACUCUCUGGGAAUCCCUAAACUGUCCUCCUAUGCCAAGACAGAGGACAAACUGUUCAAGAACCUCUUCAGAAACUACCAGAAAUGGGUGAGGCCUGUGGAAUACCUCAACGGCACCGUACGGGUCAGAUUUGGGCUGGCCAUCUCCCAGCUAGUGGAUGUGGACGAGAAGAACCAGUUGAUGACAACCAAUGUGUGGAUGAAACAGGAAUGGUUGGACAUGAAGCUACGCUGGAACCCUGAUGACUACCUGGGCAUCACUAACAUCAGAGUCCCCUCGGACUCCAUCUGGAUCCCAGACAUUGUGCUCUAUGACAAUGCCGAUGGACGUUUUGAGGGCUCUGUCACCAAGGCUGUUGUCAGGUAUGAUGGCACCAUCACCUGGACACAGCCCGCUAACUACAAGUCAGCCUGCAUCAUCGAUGUCACCUUCUUCCCCUUUGACCUGCAGAACUGCUCCAUGAAGUUUGGCUCCUGGACCUAUGAUGGCUCACAGGUUGAUAUCCUCCUGGAGGACUUCCAUGUGGAUAAGAGGGACUACUUUGACAAUGGUGAAUGGGAGAUAGUGAAAGCGACAGGCAGCCGUGGUCUGAGGAUGGACGGUUCCUGCCACUUCCCCUUCAUCACCUACUCCUUUAUCAUCCGUAGACUGCCGCUCUUCUACACCCUCUUCCUCAUUAUCCCCUGUAUCGGCCUUUCCUUCCUCACCAUCCUGGUCUUCUACCUGCCCUCCAACGGCGGGGAGAAGAUCUCCCUGUGCACCUCUGUGCUGGUGUCCCUCACCGUCUUCCUUCUCGUGAUCGAGGAGAUCAUUCCGUCCUCCUCCAAGGUCAUCCCUCUGAUCGGGGAGUACCUGGUGUUCACCAUGAUCUUUGUCACGCUCUCAAUCGUCAUCACCGUCUUCGCCAUCAACAUCCACCACCGCUCCUCGUCCACCCACCAAGGCAUGGCGCCCUGGGUGCGCCGUAUCUUCCUGCACAGGCUGCCUAAGCUGCUGUGUAUGCGCAGCCACGUGGACCGCUAUGCUACCCCAGGCAGGGCCAGGGAAGGACUGGCAGGGAGAGAGUGGGCAGGACUGGCAGGGAGAGAGGGGGUAGUAGGGGGCAUUACGAAGGGUUCUUCACCAGAGUCCACCCCUCAUCUCUCCUCUAGGAAUAACCUGCAGGCUGCUUUGGACUCUAUCCGCUACAUCACCAUGCAUGUGGUCAAGGAGAACGAGGUCAGAGAGGUGGUGCAGGACUGGAAGUUUGUGGCUCAAGUUCUGGAUCGUGUGUUCCUGUGGACCUUUCUCCUGGUCUCAGUACUGGGCUCUGCUCUGCUCUUCAUUCCUGUCAUCUACAAAUGGGCAAACAUCAUUGUCCCCAACCAUGCAGGCGACAGCGGAUAAGACUAAACUGAGACUAAGUGCACUGAGCACAAUAAUUUCAGAGACACUACAGUCAGUGCAGAAGAAGAGACACUUACUCACAUGUGGGUGUGGGAGAGCAGUUAUAAUUGCAAUGGAUUCUCGUUCCAUCAUGAUUCUUGAUUUGUGUAUAUGAAUGAGGGAUUGUUGGCUCUAUGUUGCUGUAUCUGUUUAUAGAUUAAAUUAACAUACAAUUGUUUUAUAUUCUGAAAGGAGGAUACCUCCCUAUAGGCAUAUCUCACAAAGUAAAGUAUAACAAGGAAUACAAUUCUCCAGGUUACUGUCUUUCUUGCAUCUGAAAAACAGGCUUCUCACAGUUAAGGAGACAGGAUUAUGGAAGGCUGGCCACAUGAGACUAGUUAAUAAAGUGUUAAUAAAUAACUUUUAAUCCACCCCUUUGUAAAUAAGUGUACAGUACACUUUACCAUUACCCUUUUAUAUGACCCAUUACCUUUUAUGUUUAAGUUGACAUUAACCUUUUUAACCUUUUUAAGUCGACAUUAACCUACCCUUUUAUAUACACUACCCUUUUAUAUUACCCUUACAUUACACUUUUCUAUUUUAUUAACUCUAGGUUGGUAAAAUACAAAAUAAAAUAUAUAUUUUUUUAACAGUGGCUACAUUCUCAGAAAAGCAGUAUUACAUAACUAGAUCAAGAAAGAGUUUAAUUAUAAUCCGCUUGAAUAAGCUUCACUGAAGAAUUCAGCUGUGAAUGCUCUUGUAUGAGCAAAAACUACUGUUUGGCUUGUGUAACAGUUAACUUAGCAGACAAAUCAUUGUUAGAGUGAAUUAAUGUACCUACUUUCCAGCUUCUAAGACCAUCUCUUUGCAUUAUAGAGGUGUCUUGAGAUUAUCUUUUAAGUCUGUGAGUCUGUUAGAAACUGGGAGACUUAUUUGGGGACUUAAGUCAGUCAGAGUCUACCUGAUACAAAAACAAGAGUUGUUGUUUUGCAUUCUGUUCAUCCCGCCUUCUGAUUUCACCUAUCAUUCAGAUGAAAGAUGCCAAGCCAUAAUGGAAGCAUAAACUCAUACCUUCUCAUAUC